GUGGGGAGAAUCUGCCCUGGGGUGGUGGAGACCCCAGUGGUGUCUGGGUCCUAAGGUCUCCGGCUGAUUGGUGGUGGCUUUGCCCUCAGCCCUCCCUGUGAUCAGGGUGCUCUGCCCAUUAUCGUUUUGAAAAAGACCCCAACUCAUAUGCACGAAGAUGUUUAUGUCAGGAUUCUGUCACUGCCAGCAGUAGACACUGACUCUGGCUUUGCUGGAAGUCUGGCUCUGGAAACAGGUCUGUAGUGGUCGCCCUUCGGUAGGACAGUCUGUCAGGGUGAUGCUGCUCAGUGGGCAGCCUAUGGCUUUGUCUGUCUGCCAGGCUACAGGGCAGGGUAGCACCCAUCCCACUGGCCAUGCCAGGUCGUCUUGCCCACCCCUUGGCCAUCUUCCAUUUGCCCCCCCACCUGUCUCCAUCCCGCUUCCGUCCUGCUCUGUGUCCGGGAGGCCAGCCAGUGAGGAGCCCAGCAGGAUCCAGGGGAGGGAGGAGAGUGAAGGCAGGGUGUUCAUUCCUCUCCUUGUAAGGUCCCUGCGACUGGCCUUGUUCCUCACCCAGAGGCCUAGGUCCUGUCAGAUGUCCGUCUCCACACAGCCCCUGACUCAGUGUGGGCAACUGCUUCCUCCUCUGGCCCUUUCAGGUCUAGGGGUGGUGACAGCUCUGAUAUCAUCAACCCAGAGAUAAGGGACCAUCUCCUGCUCACACCUCAGUAAAUAGUCCUUUUAGUAAGUGGUACUCAAAUUGUCCUAAUUUGAGUGUUCUUUGAUGGGACCCAGGCUGAUAUGGGGAGAGAGGGGCCCCCGAUUACAGCAUGGAUGUUCCAAUACAGAAAAUUAGUGUGAGAGUAGGAGGGGAAGUGGAUGCAGGCACACAAAAUACCCUCUUCAGUAUUCAUUGUCAUUUUAUACCCUAAGGUGGCCAAACCCAGAUGGCUGAGUAAAUUCUGAUGACUCCUGUGCUUCCUGGAUGUCAUUUUGAAACCAAAACAGCUGAGUCCACCUUUUGUUUCCUGCCAGGACCCUGACUGACACAGGUCUUACUUUGGUUUCCUCUAAAAGCACAGCAGCCUGUGGAAUGGAGCAUUUUCUCUUGUCUUGGACAGCAGCUAAGGCCAAGACCCCGUCUCUCUGCAGGAGCAGACACCUCCCAACUGGAAGCACCGUGAGGGUCCAUGAGUCUACUCCAAGGGCCUCCUGUGAUGCCUGAUAUAUAGUGCUCCACAUGCAUUUGUAUCGUGGUCAGACGGAUGAACCCAUGCAGGAUGGGAAAGGCUCUGACGGGGAGUCAGCGACUCGGGAGACCAUCCCCCUGCUUCACCCUCCACCUGCCACAGACCAGCUAGCCCUUCCAGGAGAAAAGCGAUCUUUACCUCUCCCUGAAGGUCUCUGGGCCUCCUGCUCCGUGUCCGGACCCUCUCCCCAUCCCAGCCUUCCAUGCCGAAGCCCACCUUGUCAGUCACUUCCUUUUGUCAUCGGCUUGGCAAACGGGAGAGAAAACGGAGCUUCAUGGGAAACAGCAGCAACAGUUGGUCCCAUGCUCCAUUCCCCAAGUUGGAGCUGGGCCUGGGGCCCCGGCCCGCAGUGCCCCGGGAGCUUCCCCCCUGCUCCAUCUGCCUCGAGAGGCUGCGCGAGCCCAUCUCGCUGGCCUGUGGCCACGACUUCUGCGCCCGGUGCUUCAGCACACACCGCGUCCCAGGCUGUGAGCCGCCCUGCUGCCCCGAGUGCCGGAAGAUCUGCAAGCAGAAGAAGGGGCUCCGGAGUCUGGGGGAGAAGAUGAAGCUCCUGCCUCAGCGGCCGCUGCCCCCCGUGCCGCAGGAGGCCUGUGCCGCGCGGGCCGAGCCGCUGCUGCUGGUGCGCCUCAGCGCCUCCGGGGGCCUCAUCCUCAGGAUGGGCGCCAUCAACCGCUGCCUGAAGCACCCCCUGGCCAGGGACACCCCGGUCUGCCUCCUUGCUGUCCUGGGGGAGCAGCACUCAGGGAAGUCCUUCCUUCUCAGCCACUUGCUUCGGGGCUUGCCGGGCCUGGUGAGGGCGGGGCUGGGCAGAGGCUGGAGGGGGCACGGUCGGGGGUCCAGCCUGGCCCUGGGGCCGGGGAGUGAGUCUGGAGCCCCGGUUUGUGGGGACGAGGAACGGACCGACCGGUGCUCUCCCUUCUCUCCCCUGCAGGAGUCCGGCGAGGGCGGCUGGCUGAGAGGAGGAGAGGGGUCCCUGCAGGGGUGUGGUUGGGGAGCCAAUGGCCUCACCAGGGGCAUAUGGAUGUGGAGCCAUCCCUUCCUGCUGGGGAAAGAAGGGAGGAAGGUGGCUGUGUUCCUGGUGGACACAGGGGACGCCAUGAGCCUGGAGCUGAGCAGAGAGACGAGGAUCAAGCUGUGCGCCCUCACCUCCAUGCUGAGCUCCUACCAGAUCCUCAGCACCUCCCAGGAGCUGCAAGAUACAGACCUGGACUACCUGGAGAUGUUUGUCCAAGUGGCCGAGGUGAUGGGCAAGCAUUAUGGGAUGGUGCCAAUUCAGCACCUGGAUCUCUUAGUUCGUUGGGACUCAUCCCACCCCAACCAGGCAGGACAGGGGCACGCAGGUGACAUCCUCCAGAGGUUGUCCGGGAAGUACCCCAAGGUCCAGGAGCUGCUCCAAGGGAGACGAGCCCGCUGUUACCUCCUGCCCACUCCGGGGAGGCAGUGGACGGACAAAGACCAGGGGAGCCCCGGCGCCCCUGUCUCCUCAGCAUGCGGAAUCUCCUCCUCAGAUACGGGUGGCGAUUUCCACCACCAUCUCGGGGCCUACGUCUCGGAUGUGCUGAGCGCGGCCCCCCAGCACGCUAAGAGCCGCUGCCAGGGCUACUGGAACGAGGGGCGCACCGUGGCCAGGGGGGACAGACGCCUGCUCACGGGGCAGCAGCUCGCUCAGGAGAUCAAGAACCUCUCGGGCUGGAUGGGCAGGACCGGGCCCGGUUUCGCGUCUCCAGGCGAGAUGGCCGCUCAGCUGCACGACCUGAGGAAGGUGGAGGCUGCCAAGAGGGAGUUUGAGGAGUACGUGAGGCAGCAGGACAUAGCCACCAAGCGCAUAUUCUCUGCGCUGCGGGUCCUGCCCGACACCAUGCGGAACCUCCUCUCCACCCAGAAAGACGCCAUCCUGGCUCGCCACGGCGUGGCCAUGCUGUGCAAGGGGAGAGAGCAGACCUUGGAGGCGCUGGAGGCCGAGCUGCAGGCCACGGCCAAGGCCUUCAUGGACUCCUACACGAUGCGCUUCUGUGGCCACCUGGCUGCCGUGGGGGGCGCCGUGGGGGCCGGGCUCAUGGGCCUGGCAGGCGGUGUGGUGGGCGCGGGCAUGGCAGCAGCGGCACUGGCUGCCGAGGCCGGGAUGGUGGCAGCUGGAGCUGCAGUGGGGGCCACGGGGGCCGCUGUCGUCGGGGGUGGCGUGGGCGCUGGGUUAGCUGCCACCGUGGGCUGCAUGGAGAAGGAGGAGGACGAGAGGGUGCAGGAAGGGGACCGGGAGCCCCUUCUCCAGGAAGAGUAGCAGCCCCAGGAGGUGUUAAAGGGCAGGAGAGAUGUGAGGUGGGGGAGGAAGUGGCCGAGAGGAGAGGAGGGGUGAUGUCAGGGAUUCCGAGGCGCUCCCGUGUGCCACACUGCCCUGGUUGAAUGACCAGUGUCCAGGAGGCUAGGUGAGCUGGGGACUCAGUGGCUCCAGGAACCCAGGGGGGCUUCGGGGGCCAGGAGGCAGCAUUUGGGGGCACCUGGCCUGUUGCUGGCUGUGGAGGACUGCUGGUCUGCCGGAGUCCCAGACAGGCUGCGUCAGAGGCUCCACCCUCCCCACCCGGCUCAUUUCCCCGACGUUUCUGGAUGGUAGGAAGGCUGAGCAGGUGCUGUCCUGGAGGGCCAGCUCUGGGUGGUCCAGAGGCCUGUCCUUUCACAGAGGGGAGGAGCCCCAGGACGACUGGCCUGGGUAUUCAGGAGUGGGGAGCAGUGUCGAGGGGCUGCGGAAGACAGGGAAGGAGAGAGCAGAGCCAGGGUGGGGCAGCCCCGGGCCCAGACCCCAGAGCAGAGAGACUUGCCCCGGAGACUCUUCCCAAGGCUGCUCCAGCAGGACUGAGGCGGCUCCCCGCUGCCGGCCGCAGCCCCAGGGAGCCUGUGCGCCCCUGGACCACCCUGCCCGGCUCCCCGCAGGCCUCUCUGGGGCCGUGCCCUUUGUGGAAAGCCCUCACCAUGACAGGUUAAAUGCCAAAGAGUAACACCUUUAAUUGCAUUCUGAGCUCAGCCAGACAGACUUCAUACUAGAUUCUAUCAAGGUCUUGCAAGGAAAUAAGUGAACAAGUUCUAUCCUUAAGCACAUCCUUUCCGCGGGCCUGGGAGACCGCUCUGCCACGUUGCCGAAGAUGCCGUUCCCCAAACACCAGACCCUGAAGGACACUCGGUGGCAGGUUGUCUGUCCCUGGGGGAUGGAAAGUCCUACUGAGAAGACUUCCAGGCUACUAAACUGUAAAGGAUGGGCGGGCACA